AUGGCGGGGCGCUUCUUCUACCUUGUAGCACUCGUUCAAUCUACUGCUGCAACCACAUUGGAUUCGCUCACUACCAAGAAUAUUAAUCCAAACUCGGUCUCGGUCUCUGGCUUCUCCUCUGGCGGCUAUAUGGCUGCUCAACUGGGAAUCGCCCACUCAGAACUGUUCAAGUCCGGAUUCGGAGUUUUUGCCGGAGGCCCGUAUGAUUGUGGACGGGAUCAAGAUUAUACAACAUGCCUCUUCAAUAAUACACCCUCUAUUGAACAGCCUCUCGCCAACAUGCUGUCUUGGAGUGGCAGUGAAAUUGACUGCCUAUGCAAUCUCAAGCAACGCAAGGUCUAUAUCCAAGCCGGAACUGCAGACGACGUUGUCGGUCUGGGAAUUGCAAGGCUACUCGAGAGUCAACUCUCUCACUUCACAGACCCUUCCAAUGCCCAAUUCGUGACCAGUGUUGGAGCUGCACACGUCUUCCCUACGGAUCUCGAUGGUCAAGGCAACAGUGCAUGCAAUCAAUCUGCACUACCGUACAUUGCCAAUUGUGGUUAUGAUGGAGCUGGCGAGGUGCUGAAGUGGUUGUACGGUAAUGGACUCAAGCCCAGGAGCGAACGUCCGCUGUCUGGCUCUAUCUUACCAUUCAGACAGACUGGCAUUUUUGGCGCACCGGGUCUGGCUGAGACUGCCUUUGUUUAUGUGCCAGAGAAGUGUCAACAGGGUGGGAAGACGGCUUGCAAACUUCAUGUCGCACUCCAUGGCUGCGGCAUGCAUCACGAGCAUAUCGGGGACAAGUUUCUGGUAAACACCGGGUACAAUCUAUGGGCAGACACGAACGAAAUCGUAGUCCUUUACCCCCAAACAACCGUCGACAACGGCACGUAUCCCACCUGGUCAGGCAAUCUCAGCAACUUGAACGCUUGUUUUGACUGGAUAGGUCAAUACGGAGAGUCUGACUGGAAAACUGGAGAUCACAUGAAAGCCAUCGUCAACAUGGUGAGGACAAUAAUUGGGCAUAAAUCCGAGCCUGGACCAUUCAUCUCGCAAGGGGCUUUACCAUUCGUGGAAGAGCUAUAG